UCGGCGGCGGCGGCGGGCGCGCCCGCGGGGCCCGGGGCGGAAGUCCCGACGCGCUCCGGGCGCCCCGGGCCGCAGCGGCCGCACCAUGAGCGACAUCCGCCACUCGCUUCUGCGCCGCGACGCGCUGAGCGCCGCCAAGGAGGUGCUGUACCACCUGGACAUCUACUUCAGCAGCCAGCUGCAGAGCGCGCCGCUGCCCAUCGUGGACAAGGGCCCCGUGGAGCUGCUCGAGGAGUUCGUGUUCCAGGUGCCCAAGGAGCGCGGCGCGCAGCCCAAGAGGUUGAAUUCACUUCAGGAGCUCCAACUUCUUGAAAUCAUGUGCAAUUAUUUCCAGGAGCAAACCAAGGACUCUGUCCGGCAGAUUAUUUUCUCGUCCCUUUUCAGCCCCCAAGGGAACAAGGCUGAUGACAGCCGGAUGAGCUUGUUGGGAAAACUGGUCUCCAUGGCUGUGGCUGUGUGUCGGAUCCCAGUGUUGGAGUGUGCGGCUUCCUGGCUCCAGAGGACGCCUGUGGUCUACUGUGUGAGGUUAGCCAGGGCCCUUGUGGAUGACUACUGCUGUCUGGUACCGGGAUCCGUGCAGACGCUGAAGCAGAUACUCAGUGCCAGCCCUCGCUUCUGCUGCCAGCUCAUUACCUCCGUCACCGCGCUCUAUGACCUGUCAUCAGAUGACCUCAUCCCACCGUUGGACUUGCUUGAAAUGAUUGUCGGCUGGAUUUUCGAGGACCCGAGGUUGAUUCUCAUCACUUUUUUAAAUACUCCGAUUGCGGCCAAUCUCCCGAUAGGAUUUUUAGAGCUCACCCCGCUCACGGGGUUGAUCCGCUGGUGCGUGAAGGCCCCCCUGGCUUACAAAAGGAAGAAGAAGCCCUCCCUGUCGAACGGCCACGUCCCGACCAAGGUUCCGAAGGACUCAGGAGGGAUGGACAGAGACUCCCACCUGUUGUACUCGAAACUCCACCUCAGUGUCCUGCAGGUCCUCAUGAUGCUCCCAGUGCACUUAACCGAGAAGAAUCUCUACGGCCGCUUGGGGCUCAUCCUGUUUGACCACAUGGUCCCGCUGGUAGAGGAGAUCAACAGGUUGGCAGAUGAACUGAACCCCCUCAACGCCUCCCAGGAGAUCGAGCUCUCGCUGGACCGACUGGCACAGGCCCUGCAGGUGGCCAUGGCCUCUGGGGCGCUGCUGUGCACGAGAGAUGACCUGAGAACUUUGUGCUCCAGGCUGCCCCAUAAUAACCUGCUCCAGCUGGUGAUCUCGGGCCCGGUGCAGCAGGCACCCCACGCAGCGCUGCCCCCCGGCUUCUACCCUCACAUCCACACGCCCCCGCUGGGCUACGGGGCCGUGCCGGCCCACCCCGCCGCCCACCCUGCUCUGCCCGCACACCCAGGGCACACAUUCAUGUCGGGCAUGACCUUCCCAUUCAGGCCCAUCCGCUAGGCCGGCCCCAGUGCCACCGAGGGGCGGUGUGCCUUCCGCCUGGGCUGGAGGAAGCCUUCCAGAGAAAGGGGGAGCCACCCCCUCGAAGAGGACCUUUUCGGGUAGCCGGUGGCCCCUCAUCCCCAGCAGGACUGUCUUGGUGCGGGCGUUACGCGGCAUUGCAGUCCAGGGGGCCUUCUGCUGGGUCACGUUCAAGUCUGGAUGGUAUGUGUGGAAGGAAGGACAGACCGCGUGUGCCCAGCCGUGUGGGCGUCCUGCUGAGACGCCGAUUCUUGGAGCCGGUGUCCAUGGGUCGUUUCAGACACGCGGGGAGCCCGUGCUGCCCCGAGCACGGCUGUGAUGAGCAGCAUUUGCAGGUCCCGCUGGUGUCUCUGCGUGUGAGUGGGACGGGUCCCUGGGAGCUCUGUGAGCUCGAAGCUGGGCCCCGGCAUGGGCCGGGCCAGGAACCGGGCAGGGGGCCCCAGCCCAGGAGCUCCUCUGUUUUAUUGAGGUCUAAAUUUUCCUUUCAUAUGUUCAAAUAAAUUUUUUCUAAACAGUU